AUGGGGCUGAUGGCUGUGGUUUGUGUUGUGUGGGCCGAUGUUGAAGGUGCUCCCACUGAUGGUAAAAAUCAGUUGGUUGGCGAUAUGCUUUGCCUCGCCGGCUCACUUCUAUUCGCGAUGGUCACAGUUCUCCAAGAGAUGAUGCUAAAAACACAAUCUUGCUCCGAUUAUCUCGCUCUACUCGGUCUAACGGGAAGCAUAGUGUCAUGCACACAAACAUUUUUUUUAGAAUUUAGUGAACUGGUGGCAUUCAAUUGGUACGAUUUAGAUACUAUAGUGCAAUUGGGCAGUUACUGCUCUGUACAAACAAUAUUUCAAAUACUACAAUGUUUUAUGUUGAGAGAUGCAGGGUCGAUUAUAUUACAUCUAUCGUUUUUGUCAGCGGAUUAUUAUACUCUUAUUGCUGGGAUGUAUAUAUUUCAGUUUAAGUUUCACGCCCUCUAUUUCCUGUCGUACAUGUUGGCGAUGGUAGGCGUGUUCUUAUUCAGUGCUAGACCGACGAGGCCACUGCCCCCAAUACCUGAUAGACUGCCACAGCUGGUCAAUGACUCGGUACAAGGUCAAGAUAAUGUUUCUAUGGAAUACACAGUACCAACACUUGACUGCAUACCUAUCGAAGGUCUAGAACCGCCAAUGAGCAGAGACACUACAUUUACCUCCUUUCUCGGCGCUCCACACAGCGUCCCCAACGGCAUAGUGACAUUUGCUCAGAACAACGGGGCCCAAAUAGCUAAAGAAGCCUGUUAA